CGAUCUUUCUUUCUUUCUCUGAGUUGAAGUAAGCGAGGAAGGGUGGUGUUGGUAUUAGGGUUUUGAGGCACAUUACGUUUGCGUGGCACUGCUAGACAUUCAGAGUUUGCUGUGUGGGAGCAGAACUUGUUAUCAGAGUUGAUAUGUGCAAUUAUUGGCAUUUUAUCUUAUGGCACCAACUGUACCUAUAGAGUUUGCUGGACAAAAGGAAUCCAGAAAAUACUCUCAUUCACAGAUCAUGGGGAAAUCUCGGAAAUACUCCAAGGGUCGUGCUACUGGCUUUGUUCCUGAUUUCCGUCAUGCCGUAGAGACUAUGGGUGAAUCAGAAGGGUUGAGUAGCUCAGGAAGGAUUGAUACAGAGAUGAUGGCAUUCCCAGAAUCUCGUGCACCAAAGAAGAAAUGCCUUAGUUUGAAUGGUGAUGUUUAUGGUAGUUUUGAUGUACCUUUUAAACACUUCUCAUUAUCAAAGAUGUCAGGUGUUGAGAGAAAGGGUUUGAAACGGAGGUUAAUUUGGGAACUUGAACAAGUAAGGGAAAUUCAGAAGAAAGUUGACAGUAUGAACUCACAUAUUGUUGGAUUAUCUCCCUCUAGUGACAUAAGGAGCUGCAGUGCUGUACAGAAGAGGCCUCGUCUGGAGAGCCGGCAUACAAAACUGGAAACAUCAGCCCCACGUGGUAAGAAAAGGCCCUUACCAGGACGUAAUGGUCCCAAGACAAAGGGAAGUAUGUCUGGGCGUUUUGAAUAUGUGAAACCUGCUGCACCAGUGACUUCAUAUGCUACAUUGAUGAAACCAUGUGAGACAUUACUUAACCAUUUGAUGUCACAUAAAUUUGGUUGGGUUUUUAAGACACCAGUUGAUGUUGUUAAAUUGAACAUUCCGGAUUAUUUCACUGUCAUCAAACAUCCAAUGGAUUUGGGUACCGUAAAGAGUAGAAUAACUUCUGGUGAAUAUUCAAAUCCUAUGGAUUUUGCUGCUGAUGUACGGCUGACUUUCUCGAAUGCAAUGACUUAUAAUCCAUCUUCCGAUGAUGUAUAUAUAAUGGCAGAGGCCCUUAGUAAAGUUUUUGAAAAGAGAUGGAAGGCUAUAGAGAAGAAAAUUCCUGCUGUUGAUGGUGGCCCAUCUGAGCCUUCAAGACCUGUUGCUUGUGUAGAAACUGAAAUUUCUGAUCGAAUUCCUCCUGCAAAAAAGAAGAAAAUAUCAUCAAAUGAUACUAUUGUCAAGCCAGAGCCUGUUAAAAGAAUUAUCACUGACGAGGAGAAGCAUAAAUUGAGUCUUGAGUUGGAGGCAAUGCUUGGGGAGUUGCCUGAAACUAUUGUUGAUUUCUUGAAAGAGCAUAGUUAUGAUGCAGGGCAAACCAAUGAUGAUGAAAUUGAGAUUGAUAUUGAUGCUCUUAGUGAUGAUACCUUAUUCAAACUGCGGAAGCUUCUUGAUGAGUAUAUGCUGCAGAAGCAAAAAUUCCAGGCAAAAGCUGGACAGUGUGAAAUGGAGCUUCUGAAUACAUCGAGGUUUAGUAAUUCGUCAAUGCAACCAUGCAAUGGCAAUGAACAAGUUGAGGAGGAUGUGGACAUUGUUGGUGGGAAUGAUCCUCCUAUUUCAAAUUACCCUCCAGUAGAGAUUGAGAUAGAUGGCACCAAUAGAAACAGUAAAUGCAGUAGUUCAAGCUGCUCCAGUAGUGAAUCUGGCACUUCAUCCAGUGAUUCAGACUCAGGUAAUUCAUCUGGUAUUGGGCUAGAUACUGCUAAAGCAUCAGAACCUCUUAGUGCUACCAAGGAAAAGGUAGGAUCUGGCUUGACUUCUGAUCUAAACAGAGGGGAUCCUGGUAAUUCAGAAACCAGAAAGAAUUCAAUGAAUGUGGGUAACCAAGUUGAGCAAAUUUCCCAGACUAAGCCAGUUACUAUUGAGGCAGAAAGCUGUCAAGAGGGGGAGAGUGCUGCAUCUAAGAGGGAAGUCUCUCCUCAAAAGCUCUACCGUGCAGCUGUACUAAGGAAUCGGUUUGCUGACACCAUACUUAAAGCUCGAGAGAAAGCCCUUGAAAAGGUUGAAAAACGGGACCCUGAAAAACUUAGGAUAGAGCGAGAAGAUCUUGAAAGACGGAAGAAGGAGGAGAAAGCUAGAUUGCAGGCAGAGGCAAAGGCAGCGCAAGAGGCUCGUAGGAAAGCCAAAGCCAAAGCUGCUGCUGAAUCCAAAAGGAAGAGGGAACUGGAGAGAGAAGCAGCACGUCAGGCUUUGCAAAAGAUGGAGAAAACUGUUUACAUCGAUGAGAGCAGUCAAUUUUUGGAAGAUCUAGAGAUGCUGAGUGCUGUAGGUGAUGAACAUAUACCAAGUUUCAAGGAGGAGACAAGCCCAGAACAUUCUCAAAACGGAUUGGGUUUCAAGCUACAGGGAAAUCCCUUAGAACAGCUAGGAUUGUACAUGAAGGUUGAUGAUGAGGAUGAGGAGGAAGAACCGCCUCAGAGUGCUGCAGGGCCAUCAAAUGAUGUAGAAGAAGGAGAAAUCGAUUGAUUUCCCCCCCUCUGAUUGUUGCAUAAAUUGAACAAAUAUAUAAACGGUGGUUCUGAGGAACAGUUGCUGGAUUUAGGGGGCUGCUUUUUCCAGCUCUGGAGCGUGGAGUAUUAAUAGCUGUUUCUAUGGUCUGGCGCUGGCUGGGCACCUUAUGAAAUUUGAUGGGAUAGCAAAAGCGUAGAGCCAAGAGCAUGGAUAUUGGAUUUGGUUUUGCUUCUUUCUGAUUAAAUUUGGUUUUAACUUGGGAAAUGGUUUUUGAAAAUGUGGAAUAGGAAGCUUGCAGCCCCAUUUAUUGAAGGGGUUUGAUAUCUACAUGGGAAGUUUGUAUCGAUGAUGAUAUUUCCCAUUUUGCUUGUAAAAAGGAUUUAUUGCAGCCCCAUUUCACUCACAAUAGA